CCAUGCUGUCGACCGCUGGACCAAACUACAGAAGGACCUCCGCCAAAAACUUGUGGUAUUCGAUACCUUCUCUCAUCGCUUUGCUCCUCGCUCAUAUUCCUUGACCUUCGUAUCUGCUUCGUCUGGCAUUUGAGUGUGAGUGCGUGUUUUGGAAGCAGAGAUGAAGCUCGUCCUGUUCUGGAUUUGUCUCAUCCAGGCUGCGCUUGUGAUUGCUUCAGCACAGGAGCUCCCCCUCCUCCACUCAGAACUGUGGAAUCCAGGAAAACCACGGACACUGUUUGCAAGAAGGGGAGUUGUGGAGUAUCAAAAAUUACGAGCAAAGAAACCUCGUGUAGAUGCUGUGCCGGAAACUCCUCGUUGCUCCAGAGUGUCAGAAAGCUGUUUUCCUCACUCGCGCUGCUGUGACCCCUGCGCAUCUUGCCAUUGCCGAUUCUUCAACUCUAUCUGCUACUGCUGGAGACUCGGCCGCCACUGCCAGAAAAAGACUUAAACACACAUACACACACAAACAUGUGCAAACACACACACACAAAGCAGACAGAGCGGACACAGCAGCUAUCAUUGCUGAUGGUAAAGCAGUGGUAUGCGGUCUACGCAAACCGUUCAGUGCAAUACACUGAACCCUGGCUAUAUCACAACCUGCAAGUCUGCCUCACUCUCAGCUGAGCUCUCUCUGACAGAGGUGACCUCUUACAAACCAUUUUCCUCAGAGUGCCUCAGACAAACAUAUUGAUUUUGUACUGCAUGAAGUGCUUAUUUCCCUCAGAUAAGCAUGUAUUCAUUGCUUCUGUAAUGUAUUUAUUGUGUGUUUUUAAUCAUUAUCACAUUUGUCAAGACAAGAAAAAUUAACAAACAAUGAAGUGAUUAUAAAGACAAUAGUAAUUUCUACUACUAUUAAUUUUUAUUUUUCUUACUAGUAACAUCUAUUUUUUUUACAUUUUUAAGUAUAUUGUUUACUAACCUUUCCA